CCCGGCGCACGCGCACAUGUAGUUUCGCGCUGCAUCACUUAUAAGAAUUACGUUUAACGAAUGUAUAGUUUUUGGAUAAAUCAUUGUUAUUAAUUUGCAUUAAAAUAGCAAUUAAUAGCGAAGCUAUGCGAACAGUGAGUUUUAAAAUAUAGAAAGGGUGACCAACUCUAAAGUUUCGACAAUGGAGAAAAAAAAUCAAUUUGACACGGAUGCACUGAUGCUGGAACUGGGGCAGUUCCGGCGGUUUCACGUCGUGAACUACGUGUUGCUGGCGGUCGUGUCCUUUGCGCUGGCUCACUACGGCGUCAACUACGUGUUUGUAGCGGCCGAUGUUCCGUACAGAUGCGUGGUGCCAGAAUGUGAAGCGGCUAACAGUACAGAGUACAAUCCUCUGUGGUUGGAGAGUGCGCUGCCGGAGAGCACGAGGGAUCGGCGUUGCUUUAGCAAAACGCCCCUGGACGCAGAGUACUGCGCGCCCGGGAAUUUCUCUGAUGAACUAAGGCCUUGCGAUCGUUGGCUUUACGCUUCGAAAGAUACAAUCGUCGCUGAGUUCAACCUGGCUUGUCAGGACUGGAAGCGCACGCUGGUGGGGACCAUCCACAAUAUCGGGAUGCUGGUCUCGCUCCCCAUCCUGGGCUACAUAUCCGACCGUUGGGGUCGGAAGCGAGCUCUCAUAUUGAGCUGUACUUUGGUCGGUGCUAUCGGCUCGCUGAAGGCUUUCUCCUUCUCCUAUGAGAUGUACGUCAUCGUGGAGUUUCUCGAAACCGUUGCUGGCGCUAGUGCAUUCCCGGCUGCUUAUAUUCUUACCAUCGAACUACUCGGCCAAGACAAGCGAGUGUUGACGACAGCGUUCCUCGGGAUCAUGCUGGUGAUAGGAGGUUUAAGUUUUGCUCUCUUGGCCAAAACGUUUCCGUAUUGGCGGACCUUUAUCCUGGUAGUUUACCCGCCAUCGCUGCUUUUCCUGUCCUACAUAUAUUUCCUGCCGGAGAGCAUUCGAUGGCUUUUGUCUAAGGGACACAAGGAGGAGGCUUUGGUGAUCAUAGAGAAGGCGGCGAAGAUGAACAACGUCACCUUAUCAGACGACACAAUACGACAGCUGACGACCGUCGACGAGAAAGUCAAGAUCGACGAUAAGAAAGAUCAAGAAGAGGAAGGACUGUGGCUGCAAGUUCUGCGAUCACCGAUUAUAGUGACGAGAUUGGCCAUAUGUUCCUGGUGGUGGAUAACUUGCACGUUCGUGUUCUAUGGACUCGCCAUCAACUCUGUGUCUUUGGCUGGUGAUAAAUACACAAACUAUAUGUUGGUGGUUAGUGUGGAGGUGAUCGCCGUCGUCACUAACGCCUUGGUGUUAGAUCGCAUUGGAAGAAAGAGGACGUUAUUGAUUGCGUUCGUCGUCUGCGGCAUCUCUUGUACUGCGAUCGCAUUCGUGCCUAAAAACAUGUCCUGGCUCGCGACGCUGUUGUACCUGGUGGGAAAGAUUGCUAUCACUCAGGCCUUCAGUGGUAUCUACAUGUACACGUCGGAGUUGUUCCCCACGCAUGCGCGCCAUUCGAUGCUCGGUUUCUGCUCAAUGGUCGGCCGAAUUGGUUCAAUCGUGGCGCCACAGAUGCCGCUACUUGCAAUCUACAUCGAAUGGCUACCGUCGGUUCUGUUCGGCGCGACGGCGCUGUUGGCGGGCGGACUGAUGCUCACCACUCCGGAAACUCUGAACACGAGGUUACCUGACACGAUCCGUGAAGCGGAGCUCAUCGCAUCGCAACCUCAAAGCACAAAACGUGACGAGGCAAAGGGACAGACCAACACGACCGAUGCUCAAGUCACUUCUCGUUUUUAAU